AUGGCGGAGAAGGCGAAGGGAGAAGAAGAAGUGAUAUUCGAGACGGAGAAGACGACAAAGGCCAGCUUGUACGACGUCGUUUACCGUCUCAUCUACGAACCUUCUAAGAUUGUCCCUCUAAUUCCCCAAUCUUCUAGAAACUCCGCUCGACACCUUCUCCUCUGGUCUCGCCAAGGCUCUCCCCUCCGAUUUCUACUUCUCAUCUCCGUUGGGACAAUUGCUCUUGUUGCUCUUGCUGGACUUCUUGCCUUUAUGAUUUUCUUUGUCGCUGCAACUAUAAAUGCUAUCUUCGUCUCCCUUCUAAUUUCUUUAGCUGUAGCUGGAGGAUUCUUGGCUCUAUUCUUUGCUUUUGUGACAGCUAUAUAUAUUGGAGCACUAUCAGUAACCGUAUUUGUUAUUUCCACUGUUACAUUUUGGGCUGUUGUGGCUAUUUUGAUUACUACAGGAUGGAUUGGAUUCUUUUAUUCCGGGUGGCUGGUAGCUAGAAAGAGCCUUGGAUUUGCAAAACAGUCAUUGAGUGUGACUGGCUCUGCAAUUACUACUUACUCUGCUGCUUGGGGUACCCGCAACCUUGUACACAACGAUUCAGAUUAG